CUGUAUUUAAUUUAUUUUUUAAUUUUGCAUAUAUGAGAUAAAAGCUAAUAGUUCACUCAUGUUUGAAUUUGCAAAGAUUUCCCGCGAAACGAUUUGAUUCGAUAAGAUUGCAAUAGCUUCUUAUGUUUGUCACCAGAUAGCGUUCUCAUCGAAACUUACUAUCUGCUUUAUUAAUAUACCUGUAUGUAUAUUUGAAAGUGAUAGAACUAGUGAAAAGGUUGUUAGAUUGUUUUCCGUGAAUAUGUCGUUGGAAUUUGGAAAAAAUCAAAUAUAUCCAAUGCAUGUGAAUGCACGCGUGUCUCCUCACGUGUUUACAGCGAUACAGAAUGUAAAUAUCAAAGAGUUAUCAAAAUGUUCGCACAAGGAAAUUCGUCCGAUAUUACCAUGUUUGGUUAGGAUGAGUCUUAUUACUCCUUUAGAUAUAACGAAAGAAUGCGUAGAAGCAAGAAAAGAAGUUUUAUCAAUUUUGUCUGGAAUUGAAUCAGUUAAUUCUAUAAUUGCAUUACUUUCUAUCGAUUUUCAUGCCUUGGAAACUGAUGUACGCAAAGAACAACAAUUAAGACAAAAAUUGGGAGGGAUACAAGCAGACAGUGUAUUAGCACAAUCGUUACAAAGUGGUCUUGCAUUGGAAUUUGAGAGAAGUGAAUCUACACGUAGAAUACGUUUGGUUUUAAGUGAAAUUUUGUUCAUAGCAUCACAAAUUCAAGAAUUUAGGAAGAAUCAAGACUUCCAAAUUAAGCAAUCUGAUUUGUUUGACAAUGCUGUAUACAUGGAAGAAAUUAGUUAUGUUAUAUGUAUUGCACUUGCUGAAUUGCCAACUCUUUUAUCGAUAUUGGAUAUAACUGAGACACUAUUACAUGUAAAGCAUGGUCCACAUAUUAUUUGUUGGAUUGUUGCUAAUAAUCCUGACAGUUUUUCAGAAGUAUGUGGACAUUUGAUAGCUAAUGGAGAGCGUCAAGAAGAAUCUGCAUUAGGAAGAAUUAGAACAUCAACACUUACAAUGUUAUGUGAAAUGAACCCAUGUCAAGCAUUUGCAAUAAGAGCAAAAUGUGUAGAAUAUUGUAGAAUGCCUGCAUUGGCAAUUACUUUAAGUUUAGAACAUGAACAUGCAAAUACUUUACAACCAGAUAGUGAUAUUGUUGCAUUUAUAUCCGGUUUAUUACUUGGCAGUGACCAGCAAGUUAGAACAUGGAUAGCAAUGUUCAUAAGAAAUGGACAGAAACGAAAAUGGGAGUCCCAUACUGCAUUACAAUCAUUGAGAGAAGAACUACUCAGAAGAUUACAAGCUAUUGCUUUACAAAGUACAGAUAGCCAAUUAGAUGAAUCACAAGUUGUUCAAGCAAGUGCACUAUUAAGACUUUAUUGUGCUUUAAGAGGUAUUGGAGGUAUUAAAUUCCAAGAUGAUGAAGUUUCUAUGAUAGUUCAACUGUUAACAUCACAUCCUCCACCAUCACCAGCUGGAGUAAGAUUUGUAUCUCUAGGACUUUGUAUGCUUAUAGCUUGUCCUUCUUUAAUAGGACAUCAUAGUCUUGAAAAGCGUAGUAUUGAAUGGGUACAGUGGCUAGUUCGUGAAGAAGCUUAUUUUGAAAGUGCUAGUGGUGUGACAGCAAGCUUUGGAGAAAUGCUUCUUUUAAUGGCAAUUCAUUUCCACAGUAAUCAAUUAUCAGCUAUUUGUGAAUUGGUGUGUGCGACAUUGGGUAUGAAAAUACCAAUUAGACCAAAUAAUCUUACAAGAAUGAAACAAAUUUUUACACAAGAGAUCUUUACAGAGCAAGUAGUAACUUCUCAUGCUGUUAAAGUGCCAGUAACUGCAAAUUUAAAUGCAACAAUUCCUGGGUUUUUACCAGUGCAUUGUAUACAUCAAUUAUUAAAAUCAAGAGCAUUUGCCAAGCAUAGAGUACCUAUCAAGAAUUGGAUUUAUCGACAGAUGUGUGAUAGUGUGCCACCUUUACAUCCAGUUUUACCAGCUUUAGUUGAGGUGUAUGUUAAUUCUAUUUUAGUAACAAAUAAUAAAACAUCAGAACACACUAACAAACCGAUUACUGAAGAUGAAAUAAGGAGAGUUUUUCAAAAUAGUGUCUUUGGAGCAAAUUUUGAUUUUAAAAAAAAUCUAAUGAACAUAGUGGAAGGAGAAAUGCAUAAUAUGGAUAUUGAUACAUUAAAACCUUCACUGACAUCUCAGUUAUUAUUGCUAUAUUACUUGUUACUUUAUGAAGAUGUUAGACUAUCCAAUAUGCAUAUAUUUAUAUCACAAGGUAGAAAAGUGAAAUCAUACUCAACUGAAUUUUUAUCUGAACUACCGAUAAAGUAUCUCCUUCAACAGGUACAGAGAGAUCAAGUGAAUUAUGCUGGUUUAUUUUCACCUCUUCUUAGACUACUAGCAACUCACUUUCCACACCUGUCUUUAGUAGAUGAUUGGCUUGAUGAUGAGAUGAUUAACAUAGAUUCUCCUAUUAUAAAUUAUGAAAGUACAAAGAUUACUGAUAUUGCAAUUGUUGAAGCAUUCAGUCAUAUUAAUAAAUGUCCAUCAAGAACAGGAAGAUUGUUGCGACAAUUGAUGGCAAUGAAGCCAACAGAUAUUUGGCCACAUACAGAAAUAAUAAUACAUUAUUUUAAAGCUAUACUCAAUGAUAGGGUUCCAAGAUAUAUACAAGAACUUUAUAAACAAGUGUGGCUAAGAUUAAAUACUGUUUUACCAAGAUGUUUAUGGGUUUUAUCUAUAAAUACGUUAUUAGUUGAAAAUAUGGUAGUCAAGAAUAUAUUCCUCACACAAGAAAAUAUUGUAUUAGAUCCAUUACAAGUAUUACGAUGUGAUACAAGAGUUUUUAGAUGUGCUCCAGUUUUGUCAGUAAUUCUAAGGAUUUUACAAGCUGUAUUAGCUGCAUCACGAUCACAGCUAUCCAGACAUACACAAGAUAGACCUUUAACGGAAAAAGUUGGUCAAUUAUCAAGUGAAACAGAAAGAGAAGAUUUGAAAACAGCUUUGAUAGCAGGUCAAGAAAGUGCUGCUGUACAAAUUUUAUUGGAAGCGUGUCUCGAAACAAAAGAAGAUAGACAAAUUCCUGGACAGAUGUGGUCUUUAAGAGAAAUUAGAAGUGUUAUUUGUUCAUAUCUACAUCAAAUAUUUAUAGCAGAUCCUUCUUUAGCUAAAUUAGUCCAUUUUCAGGGAUAUCCGAGGGAGUUAUUACCAAUUACCGUUUCUGGAAUCCCAUCUAUGCAUAUUUGUCUUGAUUGGAUUCCUGAAUUGUUAUCUCAACCUGAACCAGAAAAACAAGUAUUUGCUGUUGAUUUAGCUUCACAUUUAGCAAUUCAAUAUGCACUUCCAAAAGCUUUAAGCGUUUCCAGAUUAGCAAUAAAUACUCUAAUAACUUUGUUAGGAGUAUUGCCUGCUAAAGAUCGAGUAUCUCUAUUCAUGCCGGUAUUACCUUCAUUGACGAGAAUAUGUCUUGCUUUUCCACCACUUGCUGAGGAUACUACAGUAUUGCUCUUACAAUUAGGUAGGGUUAAUUCUGCCCAAGCAGCUUUAGGUGAUAAAUCUGCAGAUGCAUUAUGUCAAAAAGUUAAUGCAACAUUUUGUACAUUAUUAUCAAAAGCCAUAUUGCAAUCUCAGAUUUAUUGAUUUCCAUACAAAGAUUAGGUCAAAACUAAUAAAUUCUUGUUUAGAAUUUUAAGAGCAUUUGUAAAUUUAUUAUUGAAUUUAUUUUAGUAUGACUUUAGAUUCAAUGCUGACAUUUUAUCAUAUAGAGUAGAUUGUUAAUAGUAUCUAUUUGAUAGAUCUAUUGAAUAUAAAAAUUGAUUACAAACAAAUGUAAUAUUUAUGUUAAAUAAUGUAUAUGUAUAUUGUAUAGU